CACUAGUAGCUUUCUCAUGAUAUGGCAAACAGAGUGUACUCUUUCACUGCUGGCUCGCCAUUAUCGGACCCUUUUCAGAACUUGCGAUAGAUGUUCAUCUUUGGACGUUGGUAAGAAGCUCCACGCUUCCAUCGUCACCACAGGUCUUGUAACUUGUCAAAAUACAUUUCUUCGUAAUGCUAUUUUCCACAUGUAUGCAGCGUGUGGGUCUGUUCUCUAUGCACGUAAGGUGUUUGAUGAAAUUCCUCUUUCAUACAAAGACACUGUCGACUGGACAACAUUAAUGGGGUGCUAUGCUCGCGGGGGAUUCCCUCUUGAUGGCCUCAACUUGUUUGUUCAUAUGAGGAAGAGUGAUGUUUUGAUUGAUGAGUAUACUAUGGUGGUUGUAUUCCUUGCAAGCGCCAAAAUGGGGUGUGAACAGUUUGGCGUUCAGGGACAUGCUUGUAUGGUAAAAAUGGGUUUUAGUUCGAGUAUUAAAGCGUGUAAUGCUGUAAUGGAUAUGUAUGUGAAGUGUGGGUUAAUUGAUAAAACAAGAAGGAUUUUUAGUGAGAUGGGAGAAAAGAGUGUUGUUUCUUGGACUGUGGUUUUAGGGGGAGUGGUGAAGUGGGAAGGUUUUGAAAAUGCGAGGUUGUUGUUCGAUAAGAUGCCUGAGAGGAAUGAAGUAGCUUGGACAGUAAUGAUUGCAGCGUAUAUUGAGAAUGGUUUAACGAAGGAAGCUUUUGGGCUUCUACGUGAAAUGUUGUUUGAAUCUGGAUUUGAAUUGAAUUUUGUAACUUUGAGUUCGUUGUUAUCAGCUUGUGCACAGUCGGGGAAUGUUUUGGUGGGUAAAUGGGUACACAUGUAUGCUUUGAAGAUGAUAUAACAUGAAAUAGAUAUAGUUGUGGCAACAACCUUGAUUAAUAUGUAUGCUAAGUGUGGCAGGAUUGAUGAUGCUUUUCGAGUUUUCCUUGUGAUGCCUCGAAGGAAUGUGAUUACAUGGAAUGCUAUGCUUAGUGGACUGGCAAUGCAGGGAAACGGAGAUAUGGUGUUGGAUUUGUUUGGUCAGAUGAUCAGAGAGGUCAAACCGGAUGAUGUAACAUUUACCGCUAUAUUAAGUGCUUGUAGUCACGCAGGUUUGGUUGAUCAAGGUCGACAUUUUUUCUAUAGCCUUGAAUCAACAUAUGGAAUAAAGCCUUCUAUAGAGCACUAUUCUUGCAUUGUGGAUCUUUUGGGUUGGGCAGGAUACCUUGAAGAAGCAGAGUCCAUAAUAAGGGUAAUGACGAUUCCCCCCAAUGAAGUUGUGUUGGGAUCACUAUUAGGCUCCUGCAGUGUCCAUAAGAACCUCGAGCUGGGGGAGUGCCUAAUUAAAGAGCUGGUCCAAAUGUAUCCUGAUAAUACCGAGUAUCAUGUUUUGCUUUCAAAUAUGUACUCUUUAGCUGGAAAAAAUGACAAGGCAAAUUCUAUUCGAGUAGUUCUCAGAAGCAGAGGUGUUAGAAAAGUGCCUGGCAUUAGUUCUAUUUAUGUUGGUGGUCAAAUCCAUUGCUUCAGUGCAGGGGAUAAAUUGCAUCCGCAAAGUCAAGAGAUAUAUAUGAUGUUGGAUGAGAUGAUUCGAAAAAUAAGAUUGGCUGGUUAUGCACCAGACACAGCCUGCCAAAAGUUCUCAGGAUCUGAUGAUGGAUACUGUUAUGGUUACGGCCAGGAGGAGAAGGAACAGGCUUUGUUCUCUCACAGUGAGAAGCUGGCUGUUUGUUUUGGACUCAUAAGUACACAAGCUGGCAUGCCUAUUUACAUUUUCAAGAAUUUAAGGAUAUGCCAAGAUUGUCAUUCAGCCAUGAAGAUUGUUUCCAAAGUUUACAAUAGAGAAAUUGUAAUUAGAGAUCGUAAUCGCUUUCACCGUUUCAAGCUGGGUUCAUGCUCUUGUUUUGACUAUUGGUGACAAAACCCAAAGUGCUAAAUGAAAGCAUAAAACCUAUGAAUAGUUUGUUAAUUCAAAAUCAUGUAUGACAAUUCUAGUUGUGGUUGA